CUCCUCCUCGCAAUAACAGCCAACCAUCUGGACCCCCUCUCCUCUCCUCUCCUCUCAUUGCUUUAUCGCCAUUUUUAUUCUACAGGCAAUUGUGGAGCUUAUAGCUGCCCAGCUAGUUGCAUACAGUACGAAGAAAGCGACAUUCUCAGCUGCACUUACAUGGCGGUGCUUCCAUGAAAGUCGCGAGCUUAGCGGAAGUUCAUACAAGGAAAAGAGGUUUCAAAUUUUCAAUUGCACCCGCCGGAUUGGUCGGAAUGGAGAGAGGAGAGCUUGAGACUGAAAGGAGAAUCGGGACGGUUAAAGCAGCUAUCGGUUUGUUUGGAGAGAGAUUUGCUGAAGCCAAUUCCGCACUGAAGAAAUCCCGAAUUGGUUCCUCGGAGAGGCGGCUUUCGAGAUCUGGAGAGCUUCAUCAGGCAAGGAUGGACAUUGGUCGGUUCAGUCAGAGCAGAAGAAUUGCGGACUCCAUAAAAGCUGAAGCGGAAUCUGAACUUUCUGGCGCAAAGCAGGCAGCGAUAGAUCUGACUUCAAGGAUUAAAGAAUUUAAUUCGAAAGCGCAUGAAAAGAUCCACGACCUGGAAAGGAUGAAGAAGCCUGGAAUGGGUGACAACGAAUCUGCAUCUGCGGUUAGGAAAAUUAAGCAUUAUCAGUAUGCGGAAGUGAUGAGAGAAUUGAAGCGCGCAAAGCAGGAACUGAGCAAGCUCAAGCUCGACUUGGCCUCUGUUCUGGAAGAGAAAAUUCGAGCCGACGAGGAAAGCGAAGACUCGUGUACAAAAAUCUCCUCUUAUACGCGCUCUGCAGAGGCGCUAAGGACAGAGAUUGAAGCAGCCAACGAAGAGCAAGUGUUGGUAGAGUUGGCACGAAUUGAGGCCAUUAAAGAAUUAAAAGCCACUGAAGCUCAAAGACAGGAAGAAGCGAACCAGUUCUCAAGGGCAAUGGAGAACGCCAAAAAGAAAAUAAAUGAUGCCCUUGAAGAAAUUGACAAUGCAAAGGAGCUCGAAAUGAAAUUGGCCAUUACAACGUCCGAUGUCAAUGCGCUGCAGAAUGAACUAAAGCUGGUUAAGGAAAUGGAUAGAAGCGUUCAAAGAGAUGAGAGCAAAGGACAACAGUUGUACUCUCCUUUACAGUUGGAGCUAAUCAAGGAAGAAUUGGAAACAAAGACGAAAGAAUUAGCGUCCAUCAAGGAAGAAGGUUUCCAGUUAAUGGCUUCGAUGGACAGCAUAAGAAACGAGCUCAAGAAUGUCUCACAAGAAGCAGCUAGGUUGAAGAAAACAGCAGGCAAGGCAGAUCUUAGCGUUCAAAAUCUCAAUUCCAAGCUUCUUAGGGCAAAAGCCAAACUGGAAGCUCUUUCUGCUGCAGAGGAAAAGGCCAAAACAAUUGCUUCCAAUCUAUCGCUCACGCUUGAACAACUGAGAACCGACACCGAGGCAGCCAAAAAGGAGAGGGAGCUUAUUACUGCGGAAACAGAGAAGAUAAGAGGUGAGGUCCAGAAGAACGAGUCUGAGAUUGACUUAGCUGAGGCAAAGCUAGAGGCCGCAAUGCAAGAACUUGAAGAUGCUAAGUCAUCAGAAGAAAUGGCUCUUGAAAAAUUAAAAGAUCUCGUGGAGAAUAUAAUUAGAACUAGGGCUUCGGCAUCUCAGAAGAGUUCAACAAUAACCAUCUCGAGAUUUGAAUAUGAGUACUUGACGGGACGAGCAGUUGGGGCCAAAGAAAUUGCAGAUAAGAAGGUUGCGGCGGCUCAGGCGUGGGUUGAGGCUAUAAAGGCAAACGAGAAGAAUAUACUAAUGAAAACAGAGAUGGCUGUGAGAAAAAUCAGAGAGCUAAAGGUAGUGGAAGGGGAAGAAACAUACAGAACACAGAAGUCACUUUCUGCAAAGAGCGUGGUUGAGAAGAAGUUAGAGAAAUGGAAGGAAAAACCUGAGAAAAACUCACAACCGGAAAGCUGGAAGCUUGAGGGGGCAUUGUCUAGAAGAUCCAGGAGGGAGAAUGGCAGCUUAACACCAGCAGGAAGAGUCAAAUUUCGAAAAUCUGCAUCACCUGCCAUUCGAAAAUCUGCAUCAGGCUCUUUUACAGUCAAGAGGAGACGAAAGAUAAUGCCAAAGCUGGCCAAGUUUUUCAAUAGCAGGACCAUUGAGAUGGGUGCUUGAGGUUUUUUUAAAGAUUUGCAGUUUGCAACACUCAAUCCACAUGUUCCAACGGCAAUUCAGUUCCAGUUGUAAUCCAUAAGGUACACCGCUGAAGUGAUUUAUUUAACCAAAACGGUUUGGUUUCUCUU